CACUGUAAAACUAUAACCCCAAAAAUGCAAUCAAAACAAACAUAAACAACCCAUGAUUUUUAUUCUAUAUAUUUGAUAAAUUGACAUUUUUUAAAGAAAUUUAUAAAAAACUACCUAAAAAUGGCCACAGAAAGCAUUGAAGAAAAAAAUCAACAGCAAAUCGAGGAAGAAAUAUUAAGGCAAUUAUUGGUAUUAGAAAGAGAAUUUCGGGAGCAUAAUGCAUUAACCAAGAAAGAACUUCAAUUACAAAAGGAACUGGUUGGCAGAAUAUGGAUCUUAGCACAAAGAUAUAUACUGUUAGAGAGCACGGGUACUUGUUGCCGCUACCCGGAAAUUUAUACCGGCCCCGCAGAAGACACCCUAUUGCAGGAAUUUACCGAAAAAUUAAAACAAAUAAGAAGUUCAAAUUGUCUUAUCAGUAAUUCUUUAGAUGAGCUGCGGAAAUCCUGUCUGGUCUUUAACAACCUAUGCUCUCAACUCGAUAUGAAAACUGAAAGUUCUCUAAUAACUGGUGAUGCUUUCCAUAAACCUAUAACAUAUUUCAUUGAAUUAAUUAGCGAUCUAUUUAAAUAUUUCCACGCCUGGUUGCUGAAACUAAAAUAUUCAUCGCAACAGUUUGAUCCAGUUAAAAUUGAGAGCAUAGAAAACUAUAAAAAACAAAUUGAAAUAUCUGAAGAUUUUGAGGAAUAUUUAAAUGUAGGUUUGGCAUAUUGCAAGUGUUUGCGGAAAAAAACAACUUGCUGAAUAAGGUGCAACUUAUUUGUCCAGAAUUCGUAAAUGGCAGAAAUCUAUCACAAUCAUAUUCUUUUUUACUUUUAAUAUCUUGUAAAUUCUCCUUUACCUUUAGUUUUUAAUAAAAAAAAAAAAAUAGUCACUUUAGCACAA